AAUAAAGAAAGGAAGCUUCCAACAGGAUUAGAGAUUGUGUCCGAUCUAAGGCUGCAAAAAUUAGUAGAGGCAAUAAAGUAGCAAUUAGAGCUGCAUUCAGAAAAGUUGAAAAUUUUUCAAAAAGAAUGCGAAUACUGGGAGAAAAUGAAAGCUGCCGCAAAAUUUGAAGUGCAAGCAAUAAUGGACAAAAAUGUGCGAGCUGCAGGCAAAUUUGGAAAAUUAUGGAGUCUUACAUCCUGAGAAAAAAGAAAGAAAAAUUCUAAAAAAGAAAUGCCCUUCCAGUGAUAGUGAUAUAGAUGAUACCAAAGAUGAAGACAAGAGAAAGCAGAAUACAACACGAACAUUAAAAAAGAUUGACAGUAGUGAUUCAAGCUUAAAUGCUCUAAAUCUAAGAGUGACUUACUUACAAAAAUAUCCAUUUUAGAAAUGGAUGUGAAAAAGUUAUGGCUAGACAAUGCACGUUUGCGAGUAUUGCGAAGCGUAAGCGAAGAACUUCCGAAAGUAACAGAAAAAAUGCGAAGUUUAGAAAAGACCGCAGAGCGAAUUCAGAAAAUAUUAUCUGAACAAUUAAAGCAACUUAGUGUGUCACAUGUCCAUGAGCAAGACAAAACUGACGAUUAUACUAAGACUAUUACGAAGAAUAGCAAUCCACUUGAUGAUAAUGAUACAUCAACAGAAUGCUCUGCGAUGAUAACUGAUACAAAAAGUUUAAGCGUAUUAAAGAACAAUAGUGAGAACAAAAAAGUUGAACAAAAAUCGUAUGCAUCACUCAUUCAGGGUGCAACAUGAAUGUAUGAUAUUACAGAUCAAAUCUGAAAGACGAGAGUCAAAUGAUAAUGA